CCACUUAUUACUAAAUAUGUAUAAGCAAAAUCUUCUUAUUUAAAACAAAGAAGAUCUCCAAAACCAAAUAUGUUGAAGGAAUCACUUGCUUUUAUCGUGGAAUAAUAAAGCUAGUGAUUCAAAAAAAAAAAAAAAAUCAUCAUAUAUAGUGUACUGUUUUAGGUACUUUUGAGAAAGAACUUUGUAAAACGGAAGGAAAAGAGAAUCAAACAAUGAGAAAACAUUAUUUCUUACUUUGUAUUACCCAGGCCUUAGUUUUCUUGGUGCCGGUUAUAUUAGCUCGGACAUCCACCUUCUCAAUCACAUCCAACAACGUAGAAUUUGAAGAGAAUACAGCUAAAAUCCCUGCGAAGAUCCUUACAGCAAAUAUCGCGAAUCAAACUGAAGGAUCUUUACCCGGAUCAAAUUCAACAAGGAGGGACCUGCAUGCUUGUCAAGCAGCAAACCCAAUAGACAAGUGCUGGAGGUGCAAACCCGAUUGGGCAGAAAAUCGUCAAGCAUUAGCAGAUUGCGCCCUUGGUUUUGCAAAAGGAACAACAGGUGGCAAAGGUGGUGAAAUCUAUGAGGUGACUGAUCCUUCAGAUGACGCUUGUGACAAACCAAAGGAAGGGACACUUCGUUUUGGAGUUACGAGAGACAAACCUUUAUGGAUCAUCUUCACCAAAGAUAUGGUGAUCACGCUGAAACAUGAGCUCGUGAUAUGUAACGACAAGACAAUCGAUGGUAGAGGUGCCUCUGUCGAGAUUGCUAAUGGUGCAGGUCUCACCAUUGGGAAUGUCAAGAAUGUCAUUAUUCAUGGAAUCCAUAUCCACCAUGUAAAAGUAACGGAAGGUGGUAUGAUUAGUGAUUCAGAGACACAUUCUAGGUCAAGAGCAAAAAACGAUGGUGAUGGUAUCUAUAUUUAUGGUUCUUCCAAGAUAUGGAUCGACCAUGUGACACUCAAUGAUGGCCCAGAUGGGCUUGUCGAUGUCACACAGGGCGCCACUUGUGUAACCAUUUCCAACUGCAAAUUCACCAGUCACAACAAAGUGAUGUUGCUAGGGGCAGAUAUUACACAUACUCAAGAUAAAAACAUGCAAGUCACUGUCGCAUACAAUAAGUUUGGAGAAGGAUGUAUCCAAAGACUGCCUAGGUGUCGAUAUGGUUUUUUCCAGGUCGUUAACAAUGACUAUCACAAAUGGCAAAUGUAUGCCGUUGGUGGUAGUAGUGACCCUACUAUCUUGAGCCAAGGCAACCGUUUUUUGGCUCCUGAUGUGGCUAAAUCGAAACAGGUGACACAAAGGCAUGAUGCCCCUGAGGAAGAGUGGAAGAACUGGAAGUGGAAAACGCAAAAUGACACUUUCCUAAAUGGAGCCUUUUUCGUACCAUCAGGUGGUGAGUGGGAACCAACCCCUGAACAGAGCGCCGGUCUGAUUCCACCUUGCCCUGAACCCGUUGAGGCGCUCACUUGUGAUGCUGGCAAACUCACAUGCACGCCUGGCCAGCCUUGUUAAGCAUCCAAAUUAGAAGAACAAGAAAAAAAAAAAAAAAAACACAUUAAUGUUCUUACUUUUGAAGGUCAAACAAAGGGAUGAUGCUCGUGAUGAAGAGUGGAAGCAUUCGCAUUAAUCUUGAAAGGAUGUACAGUUAAGGAACCUCUCAAUACAAAGGCACCAUAGUGUAUAUUUUAUCGUUUAUAAUCUUUAAUUUAAUCACUUUUGUAUAUAUGCCAUGUAGGAUUGUAGGCUCUUAGCGUGCAUAUGAACAGUUACGUCUAAUUAGAUCCGUUUGUAUAAUACACAUGUUUCCAUUUAAUUUAUAAUCGGUGAUAUUUAUCCAUGCUUGUAAUUUAUAGUAAAC